AUGAACACUCUAAGUCCACCGUCGACGGAACGUCGGUCGCGGGCGAGUCGUCCUAAGGUACGCACGGGUUGUGUGACAUGCAAGGCUCGGCGCAAGAAAUGUGACGAGGCCCGUCCGUACUGCCAUAUGUGUACCAGCACGGGGCGAGAAUGCGGUGGAUACCAUGACACCAUCGACCGAAGGACUCGAGCUGCGCGCAAUAGGAGAGCAGCUGUCGAGGGUUCCUGCAUUAUCACAAAGGUUGAUUCCCGGCAGAGGCAACUUUCUUUGGCAAAGAAAUGCGACUCGUGGAUAUCCCGGCUUCUAAUCGACCCCAGUCAGACAGAUCUGUCACUGUCCGAACGAUGGUAUCUAGGCUUUUUCCGCACCGAUACGUCCGCUCAGUGCGCUGGAUAUUUCCCGCUUGAAUUCUGGGAUCGAAUGGUCCAUCAGAUUAGUGAGGAAGAACCAGCUGUUCGUCACGCUAUCAUCGCCAUCAGUGCCCUGCAUCGAAGCUUCGGGACGAAGGAUUCGCGAGCUCUUGAACAGAACGACCGCAAUUCGUUCCCUCUUCGUCAAUGUAACAAGGCCAUUACUCUUUUACGGCAAAGGCUGCAGGGCGUAGACUUUCAGCAAGACUCUCACGUGCUCAUCACUUUGGUCACUUGCGUUCUCUUCAUAUCGUUUGCUUUUCUCCAGGGAGAUAUCUAUGCCGCUAGCUGCCACCUUCGACAUGGGGCCAGGCUCCUCCAGGACUCGCAAUUUGGUAGUUCUAAGGACGUGUGGAGUUAUGGACCAGUUUUGACGGACGUAUUCUACCAUUUGGAACUGCACUGGUCGAGUCUCAAGGCGCCUGGAAUGGCUACUCUGAGACACGAGCACUCCCUCGUUUAUUCCAUGGCAAUUGGCAACCCAGUCUGGUCGAAGCCUAUACAUUGCCUGAAGGAUGCAUGCAAUCUUUUGGUCGGCCUUGCAUGGCUCAUCUGCGAGAAUGACCCCCAUGACAAGGAGAAAGAUAUGGCCAAGGAAAUUCUCGACAAACACCAAGGGGCGAUCCUAAACAAACUUCAACUUUGGAAAACAGAGUUAGGAACAUCCCUCGCUCGUGAACAGGCAGUUCUAUCUUCAGGAGAUUGCCAUACAUUGGCUGCGCUUGACCUCUGGACUGAGAUCAUCUACAUCCGAGUCUCAACAGAUAGAAUGUCUGCUUAUGGAGAGAGUAGAUUCGACCCUUUCAGAUCGAAUUUCCAGCGGGCAGUCCAGAUCGCCGGAUCCAUACUCGGCGCUGACUUCGACCACUCCCCUACGCCGACAUUCUGUGUCGGCAUGGGCAUGAUCCCACCGCUUUACCUUUGUGCUUUUAGAUGUCGUGACUGGCAUAUCCGAAGAGAGGCGGUGGCGCUCUUGAAAAAAUACAAUCUUCAGGAGGGAGUCUGGACGAGUUCUGGAACGGCGUUUGUCCUGGAGCGUCUUAUUACCAUUGAAUCGGAAGGCCUUACACCAGACGACAGGGUUCCUGAACAUGCGCGGAUCUAUUCAAUGCGGGGGAAUCUUCUGUCAGAUGGGUCGGGCCUACAGCUGUGGUAUCGUCGAUCUCGCUGUGGCAAGUUGAAUGAAAACGAUCGUGAUGAUGUUUGGGAGACCGAAAUUAUGCCUUUUCAAACAUAA